UGCGGGGGUGGAGCCGCGGCGAGCGUCCGGCUCCUUGUGCCUGCCCCGCCGCCAGCGCCGCGCCGGGCCCGCCCUGCGGGAGCCGCCUCCAGCCUGCCCGGGCGCGGCGUGCGGAGCUCGGCCCGGAAUGGAGGAAGAGGAGAAGGAAGAAGAGGGGCCGAACCGCGGAGCCCUUCAAGGCAAGGUCCUAUUUCUUACAAUAUGUGCUGCUGGGAUUGGAGGGACUUUCCAAUAUGGCUACAACAUCUCCAUCAUCAAUGCUCCAACUACAUACAUUCAGAUGUUUAUAAAUGAAACAUGGCUAGAACGCACAGGCGCAUCUCUAGACAGCGGUGUGAUAUUGCUGGUGUGGUCUUUUAUUGUUUCUGUCUAUUCUCUGGGGGGACUUGUUGGAGCUCUCAUUGCAGGACCCAUGGCAAUCAAGCUGGGAAGGAAGACAUCGUUGCUGCUGAAUAACGUGUUUGUGAUCAUAGCUGCAGUCUUCUCAGGGUUCAGCCGGAUGGCCAAAUCCUUCGAAAUGAUCAUGCUCGGUAGAUUUUUCACUGGAAUCAAUGCUGGUGUGAGCAUGAACAUUCAGCCCAUGUACCUGGGGGAAAGUGCUCCCAAGAAGGUCAGAGGAGCAGUGACCUUGACUUCUGCAUCAUUUACUGCCCUGGGGUUGGUGCUGGGACAAGUUGUUGGAAUUAGAGAACUAUUAGGGGGAGAGGAGAGCUGGCCUCUUCUUUUGGCUAGCAAUGUAGUGCCGGGUCUGAUCCAGCUGAUUAUUCUGCCUUGGUUACCAGAAAGCCCAAGGUACCUCUUGAUUGACCGAGAUGACAAGGAAUCCUGCAUCUGUGCAUUGCAGAAGCUGAGAGGUAAUGAUGACCUGAGCAGUGAGCUGGAGGAAAUGCUAGAAGAACAGGCUGCCAUCAAAGGUCAGAGGGCAAAGAGGCCGUGGGAGCUGUUCCAGAAUCCAGCUGUAAGAUGGCAGCUAAUAAGUAUCAUUGUGCUGAGCAGCGCCAUGCAGCUCUGUGGAAAUGACUCGAUGUAUUUUUAUGCUUCCUAUGUGUUCCAAGAGGCUAGAAUUCCAUAUGAUAAAAUCCAAUAUGUCACUAUCGGCACCGGGUGCUGCGAAUUGAUCACAGCCGUUACUUGUAACGCAAUAAUAGACCGUGCUGGGCGGCGGUUGCUGAUUCUGGGUGGGUACAGCCUCAUGGCAGUAUGGGCCAUCGUCUUCAUGGUUGCUUUAUCCCAGCAGAGUUGGAUUAGCUGGAUGCCCUACCUCAGCAUGGCCUGUAUUUUCGCCUAUAUCCUGAGCUUUGGAAUUGGACCAGCUGGUGUGACAGGAGUUUUGCCGACAGAGAUUUUUGAUCAAAUGUCUCGUCCAGCUGCUUACAUGAUCUGUGGCUCUCUGCUCUGGUCCAAUCUCUUUGCAGUUGGAAUGGCCUUUCCAUUCAUUGUGGAAGGCCUUGCUCACUUCUGCUACCUUCCAUUCUUCACGGUUUGUGUCUGCGCUGCUCUAUAUGUCAGUUUUUUCCUUCCCGAGACAAAGGGGAAGACCUUCCUGGAAAUCUCCAAGGAGUUCAACAAGCGCAACUUCAAAACUCAGACAUGUGAUAAGUUUUGGAAAGGCCCUGAGGAAAUCAAAUCCACUAUGUUAUAGUCUAGGAAUAAGUAAAGUUGGCUGGUGGUUGGAAAAUAUCCUGAGAUGUUUAUCUUUUCUUGUUAGGGUGGAGACAGAAGAGGUGGGGCUUAAGGAGAAUACACUACUCUUGGUUGUGUAGUGAAAAGUUUUCAUACUAAAGCAGGAAAUUCAGUUGAUGUUUCUUGUUGAGUUCAUUUGUUAAAAACAGUUUGCCCUGCAUUUCUGCUUAGAAAGGUAGCAUUUAUUUAUUCUACAAUGCCCUUUGCCAUCUCUUGGGAGCAUCCCCAGUAAUAUGCUACUUUGACAGACCAUUUUGAAAGCUUCUUUUAAAAAAAGAAUGGAUCAGACUAUAUAUUAUGAUUCCAUUUAUUAAUGGCUUAUAAAGGGUUAAUAAAAUAUUAAUAGUUGUUAUACGCAUGUUACAGACAUGAUUACUAUGCAUUAUAGAUUGUUGUAGGCAUAAGGUGUUAUAGAUGAUUAUAACUAGAGCCCUCAUUAAAUCACAAUUUCAUGGAGACCGUGGAAAUCGUAAAAAUGCCCCCAGCCCCAGACCAUGAAUGUUAAUCAAUUUCAGGGACAAAAUGAAUUUUACAACUAAAUUGAGUCAAUUUCAAGGAUAGAAUAAAUUUUACACAUAGUAGUCAAUUUAAAGGGCAGGAUGAAUUUUACAAGAAAUGUUAGUCAAUUUCAAGGAUGGAAUCACUUCCCAACCUUGAAAUUGACUUAAUUUAGUUGUAAACUUCACUCAAUCUUUGAAAUUCACUAACAUUAACUGUAAAAUUAAUUUCACUCAAACGCCAUGAAAUUCAGUACUUCGCCAUUUAAAUUGUUGUGGAUUCUCUAAAAAAAUAAAAUAAAAAUUCUGAUUGCACAAGGCUCUAGUUAAAAGCCACCUAUUGACCUUCUGGCCUCUGUAAUAAUCUAUAAUGUUUGAUUAACCACAUAUUAAAAUCUGUCAAUCAUUCAUUAACCCAAUAAUUCAUUAAUCUUUUACAAGCCCUUUAUUCAUGGAACAGUAAAAUAGAGUAUGAGCAAAUAAUGUGUUAAUUUCUGAAGAUUUCUCCCCUUCCCUCUGCUUCCCUUUUUCCAUCAAAGUCAUCACUUUUGAUUUAUUUUUAAUUUUUUAGACAAAUACUAAAGAAAUAUUUGGAGGACUUUUAUUUGGGGGAAAUAUACACCUAGCAGGAGCAAAUGUAACUUCUGACUGUUUUGUCCUGCACAAUCAGCUACUGUUUUCCUCUCAUUAACUACCCCUCUAGUUGUGGUUCAGAUAACCUCAUCUAUUCAGAUAAGGGGCAUUGGUGCUGCCUGUGUCAGUGAUGAGAUUCAGUUAUUGUUUUUUGUAAUCCCAUCCACUCAGGUGCCGCACAGGGACGUUAAUCUUUCUGAAGGAGAGUUGAUUUUUAACAGCAAUAUGUUUUUCAGCCACAUAAUAUGGGAACAUAUGUGCUGCUUGAGAGCAUGAGUUUAGUGAGUUGAAGCCUAAAACGCCAUUAUAUGUUAUUGGUUUUGAUCAUGCCACUUAUUCAGGUGCCCUAAUCUGGAUUUAGGUGCCUGAGUUUAGACACCCAAGUCUGAAAACUUGGGCCAAAAAGUUUAGUACUUAAAAAAGGCCUUCAUUUAAAGGUCGUACAUGCCCGGUCUAGAAAAUGGAGUUUCCCCAGAAUUAGCCAUUGAUUGUUUGAUAAAUACAGUGACCCCUCACAGUGUGCAUAUUUGACAGUCAAAAUUACAGAUACAUUAGGGGUGCAGAAGUAUUCUGUCAUGCCUUGCACCUCAGCUGCUCCGGGUAUAUCUAUACUGACUGUUGUGUCAUCGCUCACAUGAGACAAAGGACAGAUACAUCUCAGUGAAAGUUUAACGAUUGGUUGGUAUUUUUCAAAGCUAAAUGGCAUAUAUUUGGGAACCCUAAUUUAAAGUGUUACAAACUGGUUUUAUAUUCUGUUUCUCUCUGAGCAGUACCAGACACCAGUUUAAUACUUAAUUAUAUUUCUUCUUUAGUCCUUCUUCACCUAAACAAUGUCUACCUCACUGUAAUCCUCUCAACUCUUUGCCUCUAAACCUGACUCUGAAAUAAGAUUGGCCUUAAUAUAAUUAAUUAAGUUCUGUUUUCAGAAGCCAGAUGACAUUUUAUUUCCUCAUCUCAGUGUUCAUGUUGUUUAUGGUAUAAAGUGAUCUCAAAUAGAUGCCAACCUGUUGAGCAAUAAUGGGCUGUUAAUCAUUUAACAGAUUGGGAAGGAAAGCUCCUCCUCAUACUUAAUCAGUGAUUUGUUAUACACCUGACUUUGGGGCAUUGCUUUUGGAAUUAUUUAUUCUGAACUGGUUCUCUUCAUGGCUUGCUUAUAGCGGUUCAUGUACAUUUUAAAACUUAUACAGCUACUUCUCUUGCACUGUUUGUAUGAGAGGCACAUGGGCUCCCAGGGGUGCUCUUGAUACUUCUUAUAGGGCUUGGUUCUUCAUGUAAGCUCAGCCAAGCUCAGAGUAGAGAGGGGAAGCAGUCAGAGAGCCAGUCAUGGCCUCCUUAUUCCCAGUUAUGUGCAUCCAGCUCAAGUGCAAGCUGUAGUGGGCAGCUGUAACUUACAUCGCCACUGAAGAAUCAGAUGUAGCAAAAGCCUUGUUCCACCCAUUCCAUUCCCCCAUGCCCACUGCCCUUCCUCCUCACCAUACAAGGAGUGGAGGUUCUCAUAAAACCAGGUAAUGAAGCCGCAACAGCAGGGCAGCCUUUUCCAGCUUUACGCCCACCGAUUCCCCCUAUGUGUGGGUAAUUUUCCAAUGGCAAUGUCUGGCUGCUUUAGGUAAGCUGUGAAGAGCGAAUUUGGCAGUCCAGAAAAUCUGGCUCAUAGACUGGAGCCCUUUCCGUGGUACUGAGGUUUGCUCGGACUGAAAUGUUCACCUGCUAUAAUAGCUGUCAUACUGUAUGUUAUCUCCUGCUUUAAUGGGCCAAAAGGCAUACCUCAUGUAACUCCAUUAAGGCUUCAUAGAAUCUAUUUGACUUUAGUCUGAUCCACUCC